AUGGCUGAGCUCGACGAGAUUCUCCGAAAAUACACAGAUUCUUCGACGGGUUGUGUCCACGGCGCCACCUUCAUCGCUGUCGAUAGUGCCGGAAAUACCCUUUACCGCGGUUCGUCUGGUAGUCGGACUGUCGACCGAUCGGACCCGUUGACGCCAGACACCCUGACAUGGAUCGCCAGCCAGACCAAGCUGGUGACUUCGGUCGCGGUGAUGCAGAUCGUCGAGAAGGGCCUCAUCGGUCUGGACGACGACGUGCGCGACGUGCUCCCGGUGCUGAAGGACCUGAAAGUCAUCGUUGGCUUCGAGGGAGAUGACCCGACGGUCGAGCUGGACCUCAAGGCCAUUGCCACGCCCGGUGGCGGCGUGGAUUUGGACAAGGUGAAGCCUUCGGGAAAGCCCAUCUUCGAAGACAUCAAGGGGAAGAUUACUCUACGACAUCUCAUGUCCCAUACCUCGGGCUUCUGCUACGUCCUGGGUAAUCCCCUGCUCGUGAAAUGGGCGGCGGCGACGGGCCACACAGCUACCAUGUUCAGUGGCAAGAUUGACCGCGCAUUACACCCCUUGAUCUUCCAGCCAGGGGAAUCCUGGAUGUAUGGUGAAGGCCUCGACUGGGCUGGACAAGUGGUCGAGGCCCUGACGAAACAAAAUCUCGACGCGUACAUGCAAGAACACAUCUGGGGGCCUCUCCAGGCGAGGUCGACGACCUUCUACCCGACCAAACACUUCCAGCCGGACGCCGUGCCGGCGCUGCACGAAACGGCCCAGCGCACCGACCCGGCCACGGCCCCAAAGGCACUCGACGCGAAGCCCGCCACGCCGCUGUGGCCCCCAGAGCCGCGUGACGCGCUCGGCGGCGCCGGCCUGUACAGCACCGCGGACGACUACAUCAAGCUGCUGGCCUGCCUGCUGCGGGGCGGGGCGCCCUUGUUCCAGCAGACGGCCAGCGUGGACGAGAUGUUCCGCCCGCAGCUCGGCAAGGCCAGCGCCGACGCCUUCAACGCCCUCGUGCGCGUCAGCGGCGGCGACCGCCUGUGGAAGUCGUCCGCCAGCGACGCCUCCGCCGGACCGGCCGACCACUCGCUGGCCGGGGCGGUGAACCUCGAGGAUGUCCCCGGGCGGCGGCGGAGCGGCACCGUCAACUGGGGCGGCCUGCCGAACUUGUUCUGGUGGGUGGACCGCAAGGCCGGCGUGGCCGGCACCUUGUUCACCCAGCUCGUCCCGUCCGGCGAUCCGCUGUGUCUGGAGUUGCUCGUCGAGUUGGAGGAGGCGCUGUACAAGCUGAAAGAGCAGAAGAGCUAG